UCUUUCCUUCGUCCGGGUAUUUUACAGUCCGCUGUGUGGCUGAGGAGGCGGGAAAUGGCGACUAGUGCUGCAGUGAAUAAAACCUAAUUUAAUCACAACAAAACACAGGAAAGCGGCUUUCGUUAAAAAAAGCCUGGAACUGGGAUUGUCUCUGUGGCACCUAUCGAGACCUACACAGUCUGUUUUACGGCUUUAACUUAAUAGAUGUGACCGUUAAGCAAAAUGAAGCUGAGAGUGCGUGAGGCAUCUCGGCCGCCGAACCCGAGCCCGUCUCGCACCCGUCAACGAGCUCGGAAACCCGAACGCAGACGCUCGCGGUGCUCGCUCAGAGGAAAGGGCCUUCUGAAGACCGUCAACCAUCGCAAGGCGGUGAAGGUGGAGUUAAAGAAACAAGGAGGAGCCAAGAGAAGUCGUGUGACCUGUGACCUCAUCACGUCGUCCCCGCUAAGCGCCAACGACCGCAGGAAAAGCAUCGGACGCAAGAGCCGCUCUGUCGAACAGGGUGAGGUGCAACAAACCAGGAACCAUGACUCAACUAAACAAACCAGGAGCAGUGUAAAGUUGGAGGCUGUAGAUGCUUUAAACAGUCCUCCUCGAACCACCAUGCUCGGAACCGUCUUCUCUCCGGUCUUCAACUACUUUUCCCCGGCCAACAGAACAGGUGAGGUGUUCACCACCACCACCACUGGAGUCCACAACAUCUCAGGUUUGGACCUGCCGGGUCAGGCCAUGGAGGCGGAGGAGAUCAUAAAGCAGCUGGACAUGGAGCAGAUGGAGGAGAUGCCAAUGGGCACAGUCACAUCAGCACCGGGGCAGUGUGCCCCACCAUACCCCAUUGCCAUGUUCCCCUACCACAGCCACACAGAAGAUGAGAAAGUGGAUGUGGUCACUCAUGUUGAUCUGCCUCCUCUUACAGCUGUAGGAUAUCCCUCAGUCAGUGGUUAUGUGGAGGUUCCUGCCUGCGUCCCCGACCCGUCGUGUGAGGAAGACUGGGAGACGUUUGACCCGUAUUUCUUCAUCAAGCACAUACCUCCACUAACUGAGGAGCAGCUGACUCGUAAACCUGCACUGCCCUUAAAGACUCGCAGCACCCCCGAGUUCUCCCUCGUCAUAGACCUGGAUGAAACUUUAGUUCAUUGCAGUCUGAACGAGCUGGAGGAUGCGGCGCUGACGUUUCCGGUGCUUUUCCAAGAUGUUAUUUACCAGGUGUAUGUACGGUUGCGGCCGUUCUUUAGAGAGUUUCUCCAGCGUAUGUCUCAGAUUUACGAGAUCAUUCUGUUCACUGCUUCGAAGAAGGUUUAUGCAGAUAAGUUGCUGAACAUUCUCGAUCCGAAGAAGCAGUUAGUUAGACACAGGUUAUUUCGCGAGCAUUGCGUCUGUGUCCAGGGAAACUACAUCAAAGAUCUGAAUAUUCUGGGCAGAGAUCUCUCUAAGACCAUCAUUAUCGACAACUCACCGCAAGCUUUCGCGUAUCAGCUGUCUAACGGGAUCCCGAUCGAGAGCUGGUUCAUGGACAGGAACGACAGCGAACUUCUCAAGCUGGUGCCUUUUCUAGAAAAGCUGGUGGAGUUGAACGAGGACGUGCGGCCACACGUACGUGAGCACUUUCGCCUGCACGACCUGCUGCCUCCUGACUGAAUCUCGGGAGAUCGCGGACGAGUAACGGAGACUGACGGAAAAACGAGGGAAAACCAGCCUUUCUGUUUUAAAAAAAAAAUGCUUGCCUUUAUAUUUCCUUCCUGCCGUUACAGACCCGAGAGGCGGGAAAAAGAAAGGAUUUUAACCCGGUGUACAGACGAGGACGUCUGAGUCUCGACCCUCGGAAAGAUCGUUAGAGUUUUGUUUUGUUUCAUUUCGUUUUGCGUCUCAUCUGUCAGCAUUUUUUUUUUAUUAUUAUUUUUUUUUUACCAGUUUCUUUUAGAAUUAGAAUAGGGAUUAUUUUAGAUUUUUUUUUUAGUUCUUUGAAGCAUAUUCUUUGUAUAUUAUUGUGUAUUAUUCAGCAAUUACUGUAAAACAGAAUGUAGGUAGGAAUGUCAACACUCAACGGCCACUUUAAUAGGAACACAUGUACCCCAAUGUCUCCACCCAUCCCUCUGUUUUUUUUUAACUAAAAUCUGUUGUAACCCUCAAGGAGCUUUAAGGUCCCAUGUGUUCUGAGAGGAUUUUCUGCUUAACACGGAUGUGUGUGUGUGAGAGUGAGUGUGUGAGAGUGAGUGUGUGAGAGUGAGUGUGUGAGAGUGAGUGUGUGAGAGUGAGUGUGUGAGAGUGAGUGUGUGAGAGUGAGUGUGAGAGAGUGAGUGUGUGAGAGAGUGAGUGUGUGAGAGAGUGAGUGUGUGUGAGAGUGAGUGUGUGUGAGAGUGAGUGUGUGUGAGUGAGUGAGUGUGUGUGAGUGAGUGAGUGUGUGUGAGUGAGUGAGUGAGUGAGUGAGUGUGUGUGAGUGAGUGUGUGUGUGUGUGUGUGUGUGCGUGUGUGUGUGUGCGCGUGCGUGUGUGUGUAUUCAAUCCAGCCUGUCUGGUACAGACUUCUUCCAUGUGAAGGUGAGCAACACAGAGAUCAACUUUUUUUUUGUCUAAGCCGAUGAUGAUGAUGAUGAUGAUGAUUAUUACUAUUAUUAUUAUUACCAGUGAGCAGCUGCGUACAUGCUCCUAUUAAAGUGGCCAAAAGACAAUAAAAUAUUUGGCUGUUUUCAUCGAGAAGGUUACAGUAUGUUUAAGUAUUUCAUCAUCUGUACCUUCAAUACACGUCAUUUUUAAUCGAGAAUAACCGGAGGUCAAUUUUUAUUUGUUUAAUUUUUUUUUAAUCUAUUUUUAAUCAUGUCUUUACGAUCAGUUCUGUGUGUCAGACAUAUCAAUUUUUCUUAGUCAGUGUUCACGGUUCGGCAUUUGUUUCGGAAAUAAGUGUCGAGCGCUAAAGUAGCACGACGGCUCGUUUUUUUAAUUAUUUGGAUGUUUGGCUCAAACUUUGUAGCAGCAACAACAUUUAUUUACAUUUUUUAUAGAAGCAAAAUGAUUUGCCAGCAAAAAACAAAUGACACUUUGAUUCAACACGCUUAUUUAGAAUUAGUCAAAUAAGCGAAAAAGUCUUUAAUAAUAACGAACGAUCUCAUAACGAGGCUGAAACGUUAAAUACGUUGUCGAAGUUUUUUCUUACUAAGGAAAUUUUUUUAAACAGUGUCUGUGCUCCAUUUUAAAGGGAAAAAAAAAGCACUUUCUGCUUUGUUUAUUGCCAACUUUCCUGUUUCUCCAGGAAUCAUGUCUGUGGGGUCAGUGAUUUUAAUUAAAAAGAACAAUUUUAAUCCUUAGAAUUAAUUUUUAUUACAAUAAUAAUAAUAAUAAUUAUUAUUAUUAUUAUUAUAAAAAAGUUAUUUUGUAUUAUAAAAGGUGUCAGCUAGAAUGUAGUAACUUUACGUAUAAGAAAAAGUGUGUAGAGUUAAAAUCAAUGUUUUAUGUGUCUCGUUUUCUUUUUUGUUUUGUUUUAUUUUUUUUUUUUUCCCCCCCCCC